AUGGCCCGGGAUCGGGCCCCCGGCCGGGGCUGCGGCGUCCUGCGCCGGUGGCUGCUGGGCUCCGCGCUGCUCCUGGGCCUGCGGCUCUGCCUGGAGCUGCGCCACGCGGGGUCGGGACCCCCAGCCCGCAGCGCCCCAGCGGGCCCGGGGCCCCCGCCGCCGGAGCCGCACCUGCUGCCCCAGCCCGGGCCGCCGCGGGGCGCCAGCAGGAGGCGGGUGACCUACGUGCGCAGUGGGCGCCGCGUGCCCCCCGCGCCCACGCCCGGCUGCUGCGCCCCGCGGGGGCGCCCCCGCACGAAGGGCCCCCGGUGGCACAUAGAGCUCCAGCCGUGGGCAGGCCCUGCUCAGUCCCUAGAAGAGGAGGCGUCCAGGUUCCUGAGCUACAUCAGCACCAUGCAGAUUGUAUGUAAUCACAUGGGUACAGACGCUAGCCUGGCCAAGAAGCCCUGGUUGGUGUGUCUGGAUGACAGGUUUGGCUUAGCUCAUCAAAUCCGCAACAAGCAGUGCCGCCUCUACUCUCUAGGGCUGGGAAGUGAUGAUACACAUUUCGAGGCAAGCAUGGCCAAUAAUGGAUGUGAAGUGCACCAUUUUGAUCCUAGUGUCAAGUCAGCUCACAUUCUGGAGAGCCAGCGCCUUUGGCAUCACCGGUUGUCCAUUGAUUGGCGUGAUCCCCAUCCAGCUGUUGCUGCUCAAAAACCACAAAGCAACACCAGAAAACUGAGAAGCAUCUUGAAUGAAUUUGGGCAUCAUAAGAUUGAUGUUCUCAAGGCAGAUCUGGAAAGCGCAGAAUGGAAAGUUUUGGAGAACCUUAUUUUGGAAGAUGUCCUUGAUCAGAUUGGACAGCUCAUCUUUGAGAUCCACCUCCACUGGCCCGGGUUUGAGGUCAGCGGCAAUGACAGCAGUGUGGUGCGCUUCUGGUACAGCCUCUUCAAAGAGUUAGAGUGGAAGGACUUCAGGCUUUUUCACAGUUAUAAAGACUUGUCUAAACCACAGCUCUUCCUGAAGAAAGACAUUUUCAAUGCUAGUAGCUGCUACACUCUGAGCUGGGUGAACACAAGGUGGAAAUAGAAGCAGGGCCUCACCAAGAACAUGUUUCCAGAUGGUUCUGUCCACUCUCCUGGCCAUGAGUUCACUCAGCUGUCUAAUCCUUAUUCAAGCAGGGGUUGUGGUAUUGUCUUUGCAGUGCACAAAGCCUGGUGCGUGAUGUAUGAGAGGUGUUUAGUUAAUACUGGUAGAGGGACAAACAUGGAGACCCCCAUUCCCCCCGACUGUGUUCUGUUGCCUUUGAUAGAAUGGGGGGAGGGAAUGUACAUCAUUUUCCCUAAGACCCACUAUGUCUCUAUAGUUUGUGACUUCACCAAUGCUGAAAUUAUAUAAACAAUCCAUUUUUACUAGCUUGAUGAGAUUCUUAAGUUCACUGUUCAAACUUGAGUCUUUUACUUGACUUUAACUCACUUCUUUCCAGAUUUCGCCGGUCCACCUUAGUCAGAAAUACGCUUUUCAACCGCGUGGAUUUCAAUCAUUCCUUCUCAAUCUUUCCUGCGGCCACACUGUGGCUGUAUAAAAACUAUCGAUUCUGGUUUCUGGGAACUCAGGUACCAUAUUCUGUCACUAGGUUUUAAAAAAUGGGACUAUGAAGAGCUUCAGGCUUCUCUUCAUACCCAGCUUUAACUCUCUUUCAUUUCCACUGAAACUAAGCACAAAGCAGGGUCUGAGAGUCAUCACUUUUGCAUCUCUUCUACUCCAAGCUCAGCAGAACAUGUAGGUUGUCAAUAGCCAAAUUUCUAUCACUCCUGUUUACAGAAAAGACUCAAAAUUUGUGCUUUGAAUAAACGAAUUAGAAAGUAUUAA